CCUGCGACCCCGUCGAGGGAAGAGGAACAGGCGCCCGAGCGCAGCGGGGGCCUCUGGCCGGGGCCGAGGCGGGUGCGCAGACGGCCGAUAUGGGUAAGCAAGACACAUCUUCAUUGACUUAUGUGGUAGAGCAAGUUGCAAAACAACAACAAUCACAAACCUCAGAAAUAGAGAAAAGCAAAAAAAUGCUGUUUAAUUUGCAGAAUGAACUUCAUCAGCUUGAAAAACAAAUAGCAGCAGUCUCUGCAGAAACUAAAAAAACAGAGAGGCAAAUUUAUCAGCAAGAUACUGCCAUAGAGAAUACCAAACUGCAGUGUAGAAGCCUGGAAGCUCAAAUCAAAUCCUUACAUGCAGAAAAUGUACAGCUUAAAUUUGACAUAGAAACAGCCCAGGAAGAUUUUGAGGAACGCAUGAUAAGAUAUAAUGCAUAUUAUGCAAAAAUAAAAGCACACAGAGAUAGUUUUGGAGAGAGAGAAAGCAAAUGCUCAUUUAUGACCGAACUACAUGAAAAACAAGAACUUGUUCAAAAGCUAAAAACAAUGAAAGAGGAACUUAUGCAAGAUCUCCAAAAUCCAGAAGGAAACCCAAUAACACAAGUACAGGAAGACAUUACAAAGCUAAAGGAUAAAAUUUUAACUGUGAAAGAAUCUAUCAUUGAAAAAACUUGUUUUAUUGGGGAAGAGAAGAAGACACAUGAAAAAUUAAGAAAAGAAAUAGAGGUACAACAUAAGAGAUAUGAUGCAAUUCUUAAGCGUCUGCACUGUCAGGUGAACAAGCUUCAAUCAAAUAGAAGACAAUGGCAAUGGAACAUUCAACAACUUGAAAAAACUGCAGCUGAACUAAGAAAACGUGUUGGGAUGCAAGAAUAGCAUUGCCAGAGGACAAUGUAGAGCACAGACUAUGCCAACAAUAAAUAUGGGACAGAAUGUUGAUGAAAUCCUUUGAACUUUAAACAACCAUCAUCCAUCAUCAAUCAGAGCCCAUCUUAAUGACAGAUAUAUUUUCUUAGUUUAAACCAGUUACCCAUUUAUUAAAGUACCCUCCAACCCUACAGUGGGGAGCAGUGGAUAGAAAAGAAGCAUGCUUACAGAAGAAUACUGGAAGAGUCUAGAUGAAUAUUUUGAAUGUAUGAAAUGUAAAAUGAGUCCCUGUUUAUAACCAUGUUGGAUUCACUACCCUAAGAAGUUAAAAACAAAGAAGAAACACUUGAAUUUUCAA